AUGGAAGACAUUGGGAAAGACACAACACUCGACCUACAAGAUCAUGGAACUGCCGCGAAAAAAGACCCCGACGAGCCCAAUUAUUCGGACAAACUCAUCAAUGACCUUUUCGAGCUAAUUCGGUCGGCCGGCGAGAGGCACACAGAGACCCUACUACAGAUGAUCCGUCGACAUGCCACUAUCCAGGAGGUUCGCGCAUUUCUGGAUAGCGUGGUCCUCAGGAAUGCGACAGCGGAGACAAAUGGCACUUGGCUGCCCACAGCUCGAGGGACGAAACGCGGGGCGGAUGGUGAGGCCGGGCGACUGGAACAUCGGUCUAAAGUCAUGGACAUCAAUUACAUGUGUAACAUGGCUUAUUUUAAGGUUCCUGCUAAGCCAUGGACAACUGUGACCGAUGAUGAUAACUUGGUCUCUCACCUGGUGUCAUUGUACUUCACCUGGGACUACCCGUUUUAUGCAUUUGUCGACAGAGACAUUCUUCUGAGAAAUAUGAUCAAAGGGAACGUGUACUCCGAUCUGUGCAGCCCGUUUCUGGUCAACGCCAUUCUUGCCAACGCAUGCAUCUACGUCGACGGUUCAGAGGUCAACAUGACACCCGAGGAUGUCAAUACGAUGGGCACCAAGUUCCUAGCAGAGGCAGAGCGGCACUUGGGAGCCUACCAAUUCGACAGAGGCCCCGUUGUGCGCUUGGCUUCGUUACAGGCUGCUUUGCUUUUGUACGAGAGAUAUUCCAUGUCCGGAGAAGAUGGUAACGGUUAUGCCUUGCUCAAUCUAGCUGUUGAGAUGGGGGAGGCACUGGGUAUUAUCAACGGCCCCAAACUGAAUCUCAGCAAGACACACAUGACCGAGGAUAUGAUAUCGUCGAUCAAGCGAACUGCAUGGGGGUUGUUUCAAGUGGACACGGUCGUUCACGCAAACUUCCUCCGACCAUGUCGCGUCAACGAAGUCAGCAUCGACCGUAUCGCGCGUAAUGACUCCGACAAAGAUGAACAGUGGAUACCCUAUCCCAUCGACGGACAGGCACGGCCGUUCUGGAUGAGCGAGUAUUUCGAUGAGUCCUGCAGAUUGUCGUAUAUUGCCAGAGACAUCUGCCACAUAUUUCACGAAAACGUAGAGCCCGGCAUUGAUGUUGUCGAGCGCAAAGAGCACUUCUACAAGAGCCUAAGACAAUGGGAAAGCGAAUUACCCACGAAGUUUUCUGACACAAAGACCUUGGCACCACACUUUGUCCUGCUGAAAAUGCGCUAUCACGCUCUCACCAUUAUCCUGUCGUUCGAACAUUUCCAAGGGGCUGUCCCCUGCGAUGCUCCGGGAUGGCAACAAUCGCAUGGAAAAUACAGAGGAGUCGUCGAUCCCCGCGCGCUGGAGACGGCCUUGUCCUCCGCUCGCGAGAUCUCGGCUCUCGUUCGACUGCAUCGGCGUGAAUUCGGGAUCCGUCGCUCCCACCAGUACGUUAUGUACGUCAUCAUGCUAGCGCUCUUCACCAUGCUUGAGCACCAGUCAUUCGACGUACUAGACCGUGAUUUCCUUUCUCUGACCAGCGCAUUCUCGGUGAUCUAUCACCACACGCCGGUGGGGAGAAAGCUGUUUCCGGUCUUCCGCCAAUCCGUCACCGUGCGCACCGGUGGGAGACCAACAUUUGAUUCCGUCGAACUCGCCCACCAGGCACAGGGGCUCUCUGUGCUUAGCGCUUUCUCCGAUACGUCUGCUCAGCAGGGGGGGUACCGCAAGGCCCAACGGGAGCUGUAUGCUCGCGACCCCGAUCUCCGUGGUCUGGAAGAUCAAUCGCCGGAUCAGUUACCACCCAUGGAGGAGAUGCUCAGAAUGUACGAGCAUCUCAGUGUAGGGAAGGAAGUAAAUUUGCACACCCCGCCAUCAGAAACCUUCCGCUUUUCACCGUCAGACAACUCUGGCUCUUCGUCCACAUGA